AAAUUAGAUAUGACAUGAGAAAAAAUAUGGCGCCGGUGUAAAUAAACGAAGAUUGCUGCGACGUUUUAGGUACCGUGGGGAUCCACAACUAUGGGAAAUAAUGCUUCCCAACUAGAGAAGGAAAUUGGAUCCGAACAACUGCCUGCAAAUGAACACUACUUUGGAUUAGUAAAUUUUGGGAACACCUGUUACUGUAACUCUGUUCUACAAGCACUAUAUUUCUGUCGGCCAUUUCGAGAGAAAGUGUUGCAGUACAAACAACAUCAGAAGAACAACAAGAAGGAGAGUCUGCUUACCUGUCUAGCCGACCUCUUCUACACCAUAGCUACACAGAAAAAGAAAGUUGGCACGAUCGCUCCAAAGAAAUUCAUUACAAGACUCCGCAAGGAAUAUGAACUGUUUGACAACUACAUGCAGCAGGAUGCUCACGAGUUCCUCAACUACUUGCUCAACAGGGUGUCUGAGCUGUUACAAGAAAAACAGGGGAGCAAGACAAAGAAUGGAGGCAAUGAUACCCAACCUGGAUCAAAAUCAGAACCAACAUGGGUGGAGGACCUCUUCCAAGGGACAUUUACUAAUGAGACACGAUGUCUCAAUUGUGAGACGGUGAGCAGUAAGGAUGAGGAUUUCCUGGACUUAUCUGUGGACGUGGAACAAAACACUUCUAUCACUCACUGUUUGCGGGGUUUCAGUAGCACAGAGACCCUGUGUGCGGAACACAAAUACUACUGUGAGGGAUGCUGCAGUAAACAGGAGGCACAGAAGAGGAUGAGAGUGAAGAAGCUGCCUCAGAUCCUGGCUCUGCAUUUAAAGAGGUUCAAAUACAUGGAACAGAUGAACCGAUUUACUAAGUUGUCCUACAGAGUUGUCUUUCCUUUAGAGUUGAGAUUGUUCAACACAUCAGAUGAUGCAUGUAAUCCCGACCGUAUGUAUGACCUGGUAGCUGUGGUGAUCCAUAUUGGCAGCAGUCUCAACAGAGGUCACUACAUCAGUAUUGUCAAGAGUGAUGGCUUCUGGUUCCUUUUUGAUGAUGAUAUUGUUGACAAAAUUGAUUCUAAUGCAAUAGAAGACUUUUAUGGAUUGCCUUCGGAUUUACAGAAAAACUCAGAGACUGGUUAUAUAUUGUUUUAUCAAUCCCGGGAGUGAAACUGAAAUGGAUGCUAGUUGGGCAAAGAUUCUUGUUUGAGAGUAGAAACUUGAAUAUGUUUCAUAGCGUGUGAACUUCAUAGGAUUGUGAUAUUUUGUUUUAAUCUCUCAUGUUUUUACUUCCUGUUUUGUUUAAGGAUAUAAAUGUAAAUUUGAGUGAUAGUGAACCACUGUGAAUCGUGAUAUAUUGUUACCAAGGUCAAUUGAUGCAUAAUUUACAGAAGUGUUCAAUCUACAAAUUCUCUUCAAAGUGAUGAAAGUACAUUGCUUUGCAUCUUUUAACUAGAAAAAAUGAUACAGAAAGAUAUCUGGAUGUUAAAAAUGUGAUUUUUGUUCAGGGGCAUUUUAACAUUGAUGUGAAUUUGUUGAGAAUGGCCAUUGGUGCUAGUGUUUGUCUCAGCUGAAUAUUAACUAGAUCUGAAGUUAUAGCAUGUUACAGCAUUUUGUGGUACAUUGUACCAGGUAUGUAGAUAAAAUCACCAGAUUAGUGCUAGACUGUUACAACAGUUCCUUUACAAAGAAAUACUAACAGCAAUUUGAGGGAGCAGAAAAAAUGUGUAAUGAUUGAAUUAAUAAUAGGUUUUUUAGAAUUGUUUUAUGCAAAUUGAAAUUAACUUUUGAAAUGUCCUAAUAUUUAGUGAUGAUACCUGGGGUUCUAACUUGGCAGUGUCUGGAAUGUGCUUAUAUUUAGUGAUGAUACCAGGGGCCCUGAUUAGUUACCCAGCUGACCUGGCAGAGUCGGGAAUGUUGUAAACUUUAUUUAGUGACGAUACCAGGGACCCAGCUGACCUGGCAGUGUCUGGAAUGUAACUCAUUACUACAUGCUUAUUACUCUCAUGUCUUAUUUCUACGUAAUACAUACUUGUAAAAAGAGAUAUUUUGACAUCAUCAAAUCAUAAUCAAAGCACAUCACAGGCUUUUAGAUUUAAUGUACAAGGAAAUCUCGAUGGAAAAUAUAGAUUCAAACCCUGCAGCAGAAGUUUAGUUUACAUCGUUUUCUCAAUAUUCUCAAUAAGUGAUCCCUUGACAAAAAAAAAAGAAAAAAAUAAUGUUGAAUAGAUACUCAUAUCAGAUCAACUAAAUAGUAUCAUCUUAAUCAAGACUAAGACAUCACCAUUAGCCAUCAGAGAUGGCUGAGAGUUCUUUUACGCAACAUCCUAUAUCUAAUCAUGAUAAUGCUUUAAGUCAAAAACGUUCAGUCACAGCUUUCAGGUAGUGCUGGACAAGGAAGCCAGAAAAUGUGUUAUUUUUCUGAGUGUCUUAUUUUGUAGUUUCUGUAUGUGUAUGUCAGGUACUGAUCAAAGACUAUUUAUUGAGAGACAUUUGUUAGCUAGUGGUCAUUCUUUGUAACAUAACAUUUCUUUUUUCCAAUGUGUACAUAUAUUAAAGGCAUUCUAUAUAGCUUUCUUUCCAAUAUUUUGAACUUUUUGAUUAUAUUAAUCAGUAUUUGAUUAUUUUUUUCAAAUUAGUUUGUGAUUUUUUGUUAUGAUUAAGCAAAUCAUAUUGAAUUUAAAUUUAAUAAAAAGGUAAAAAUGUAUGAUUAUGAAAUAUAAAUUUGAUUAAUUAUUUAGUUACUGUAGCUUGACCUUUGUGCAAUGUUUACAUAUACUUUUGUUUGUAAGCUGGAAAAAAUCAUAAAGUGUAGAGACUAUGGCUCUUGAUUAGGAUAUUAUUUAUUGAUGUAAACAUCGAUUAAUUGUACAGUUCAUUGCUUUUGUACAUUGUUCAGAACUGUCACAAUUUGUCAUGGACCAGUGAUGUUUUAAUAUUGAAUUAUUUCCAAAUAUGUAAUGGUUGUUUUCAUAGCUUUGUUAACAGCAAUAUCAUAUGAUAUUAUAAGUAAAAUGAAGUGUUUAACCAUAGUUAAUGUAAAAUGAUUGUAUAAGCUUUAUUGAAGGUAAGUAUCAAAUUAAUCAAGAUAAAAUCUAUUUCAUUUUUGGUGAAAGUAGUUUGAAGUUUGUUGCAUGUGUAUGUUUGGUAGAAUCUUCUAUAAGAAUGAAAUACCUCAGAAUACUACUGUCAUAUCGAUAUGAUCAUGCUUUUGGUUUGAUCUAUAACACAAGGUUGUAUUAAGCUUUUGACUUAACUCUGUUAUGCAUUGGAAAGCCAUACCAGUAAUAUCUAAUAUUUUUUCAUUCACAAUACUGAAAACAAUACCUAUAUGUGUUUACAUUUUGCAGAAGGUCUUGUAAAACUGUUUUUAAUGACAGCAAAUCAAAGUGAAAAGAAGAAUGCCUGAGCUCUGGAAGCUAUUGAAAUUGCUCUUUUUGAGAAAAAGUAUAGUGCAUUGUAUAACAUGUGUCAAAAACAUAUUUAUACUAGAUAUUUAGUCACUCGAUAUUCAAAGUAGCAAAUAGGGACAAACAAUUAAAUAUAAUUAAAAUUAUUAUCAUGCUAAUAAUAAGGGCAUUGAUCACUAAACAUGAAUUAAGCAUCAAUAAAAGAGAAGUUAUGAAUAAAAAUCACUAAAACCUUGAUAUGUUAGAAUUUAUACAUACACAUGAGACACAUAGUUUUGUUGUAAGCUUUAAGAUUCGUUUUGAGUGGAAAGUUACUGUUGUGUUUUUUUCUAAAAGCAAUUAGUUUAUGUGACAAGGGACAUAACUCGUUCUUACCUACAUGAUUUUAUUUUUUGUAUUGGUAUGUCACAUAUGUUUAUAUGUGCUACAGUGCACUUUUACUGUAAUUCCUUGAUGUAUGGAGCAAUUCCUUGUUUUUUUGUACAUAUAUACCAGCUAGCCUGAGUUUAUAUGGGUAACCUUUUCAAAUAAAAAUCAAUUGUCUAAGAUUUCUGUGGAACUAAUUAGCAAUCUGUCCUCAGCUUACAUAUGAUGAGGCAACAGUUCUGUCAGGAAUCAUUGAUACCUUUGCAGUGAUGGAUUGGAUUUUUUUUGUUCCUUAUGUUACAAUCUUUGUAUAUGUAUUCAUUUAAUGUUACUGUAGUAGAAGCACUGCUUCCAUAAAGAUAUAACAUGAUUACAUGUAAUUGAUGCUUUCUGGCUAUAUGUUUUGUACGCAUUGUCUCUGUUAAACUCUAAACAAAAAGAUUGGAAAUCGCAUUUAUGAUAUUUCAUAAUUAUCAAGAAAAAAACCCAACAUUUUCUAGGAGUUCAUAGAAUGUAUUUUGUUGGUAAUGAGGGACCUGACUGCUUAUUUAAGUUGAAUUGAAGAUCAUUGGUUUUCAUUUGCAUUUAAAAUCUAUUACACAUAUUUAUUUUAUAUAAAAGCUAACUUAUCAGGAAAUCAAAGCCUGGAUGAUUGGAGCCAGAUUGUGACUUUACCUUUUCACAGUUUUUUUUUUGUCAUGCACAGAAAAUGUUAGAUAUGUAAUCAAUGAUAUUAUCACAAAUUAAGUGUCUUGGUUGAUAUAAAUGUAACAAUGGUUUAUCUGACCUGAUUACGGAAUGUUUGUUUUUCCGGUGGUUUAUAUCAAUCUGGCCUGUAUUUGACCACCAAUUUUUCCAUAUUUUCCAAACAUGACACAAUAUCAUCUAGUACAAAAAUGUACAAGGAUUGUAGCGCUGAUGUAGUCUUGACUGAACCAAUACAUAAUUAACUAUUUCAGUCACAGCAGAGGAUAUCUUUUGUUAGCAUAGUUAUAUAAAAGUAGAGUUUCUAACAGGAGGAAACAUAUCUUGAUAUUUUUAUUAAUCAUAUAGAUCAACAAAAUGUUUCUUAUUGUCAAAUUUGGAAUUAGGUAGAGUUGAAAUGUCAGGAAUGGAAAGAUUAUAUGAUUUGAUGUGAAAUUCACAAAUAAUUUAUGAUAUCAGGGUAUAGUAAUCAGACUGAAGGGUAAAACUUAGAGCUUAAUUAUAUCCAAAGAAAACAUUUCUCAGCAGUUGUCCAAUUUUACAUACAUUUUAUAAGCAUAAUCUGUCCACUCGUUAAUCCUAAUUGUUUGAAUAUGGCGUUCCUUAUGUAGAGGCACCCCAUUGGUACUAAAGAUGAAUAGGUUUGAAAUUUCGUUGCAAACCUUGGUACGCUUAGUUCGUGAAAUGUUCCAUAUCUUUGAGCUUUUGAGUUUUCCGUUUGUAAUUAACAAAAUAUAAUUUAAAACGUUUAAAAAAAAACAAAUAAAAGAAAAAUUUAGUGAGAUAAAUAUAUCAUGAUACAAUAUUUAUCAAGAUUACCGAAAUACUUUUUACUUUGGUACUACUGUCGUUUAGUUAUAGCUUAUAUUUGUGUUAACAUAAUGGCCAAUAGAAUAGAGAAUUAUACAGGAAAAAACAUGCAAAAACCGACUUGUGUGACCGAGAAUCAUGCACAUACAAUGUACCUAAUGGUGUACAUAUGCAAUGUAAUCAGAUCUUGAAUUAUUUUAGAUAUCAAUUUUUUUUAUUGCCAGAUAUUACAAGUAUCAAUUGUAAUUAGUAAAAUUUUGCCAUUCAACUGUUAACCUGAGGUUUGGUGUGAUACAGUGCAGAUGACCCACUCUGUUCAACCAGCUAAUGCAUAUGGAUGACAAUCACCUUUAAUUACCUUGUACAAAUGUAUAUCUUUUAGUCUCUUUUCUUUUGACCUACAAUACACUGACAUUGCACAUAAUUGCAGCAUUGUGUUAGGAUGACAUCCUUUUGAUAAAUCAGCGAAUUUGCUAUGUAAUUUAUAUUAAAAGUGGUAGAUUGAGGGAGGUGGGGCCGGCCCCACACUUGGAUUUCAUUGUUUUAUAUAAUGAAAAUGACAGUUUGGGGGUGUUUUUUUCAAGAAACGUCUUCUUAUUUGGAUAUACAAAAUGUAUAAGAAUAGGAUUGCAACUGGACUUUUUCAGUACCCUCGAUUUCUAUAGGGUACCCAGAUAUGAGUUAUGGGAAGUCAAUGUGGCUUUCUCUAACUGUAAUACCUAAAAUCUAAUCCAGAGAAAAGAAGAACAAAAGGAUAUGCCUUCUCAAUAAAGCUAUGAUUGAAAUUUGAUCGAUUUUACUAAUGAAUGCCACAUCUGUAAUCUAACAGCAUGUUUUAUCAUACUUCCAGUGUAGCAUGUUUAUACUGGCACAAUUUAAUGUGUAUUCUGUAUUGGCAGUAUUAAGAAAUUUUAUGAUAGAAAAGAAAUAUGUUGUGGACAAAAUGUUUUGUAUCCUUCAGUCUACAAUUACUUUGUAUGUCUCACCGUUUUUUUGUACAAUAAACCCACAAACAUAGACUUUAAUGACCCACAUACAUAGACUUUAAUGACCCACGAACAUAGACUUUAAUGACCCACAAACAUAGACUUUAAUGACCCACAUACAAAGACUUUAAUGACCCACAAACAUAGACUUUAAUGACCCACAAACAAAGACUUUAAUGACCCACAAACAUAGACUUUAAUGACCCACAAACAUAGAUUUUAAUGACCCACAUACAUAGACUUUAAUGACCUACAUACAUAGACUUUAAUGACCCAUAAACAUAGACUUUAAUGUCCCACAUACAUAGACUUUCAUGACCCACAAAUAUAGACUUUCAUGACCCACAAACAUAGACUUUCAUGACCCACAAACAUAGACUUUAAUGACCCACAAACAUAGACUUUCAUGACCCACAUACCUAGACUUUAAUGACCCACAAACAAAGACUUUAAUGACCCACAUACAUAGACUUUAAUAACCAACAAACAUAGACUUUAAUGACCCACAAACAUAGACUUUAAUUUCCCACACAUAUAGACUUUAAUGACCCACAUACAUAGACUUUAAUGACCCACAAACAAAGACUUUAAUGACCCACAAACAUAGACUUUAAUGACCCACAAACAUAGACUUUAAUGACCUACAUACAAAGACUUUAAUGACCCACACACAUAGACUUUAAUGACCCACAUACAUAGACUUUAAUGACCCACAAACAUAGACUCUAAUGACCCACAUACAUAGACUUUAAUGACCCACAUACAUAUACUUUAAUGACCCACAUAAAUAGACUCUAAUGACCCAAAUACAUAGACUCUAAUGACCCAUAAACAUAGACUUUAAUGACCCACAAACAUAGACUUUAAUGACCACAAACAUAGACUUUAAUGACCUACAUACAUAGACUUUAAUGACCCACAAACAUAGACUUUAAUGACCCACAUACAUAGACUUUAAUGACCCACAAACAUAGACUUUAAUGACGCACAAACAUAGACUUUAAUGACCCACAAACAAAGACUUUAAUGACCCACAAACAUAGACUUUAAUGACCCACAAACAUAGACUUUAAUGACCCACAAACAUAGACUUUAAUGACCCACAAACAUAGACUUUAAUGACCCACAAGCAUAGACUUUAAUGACCCACACACAUAGACUUUAAUGACCCACAUACAUAGACUUUAAUGACUCACAUACAUAGACUUUAAUGACCCACCAACAUAGACUUUAAUGACCCACAUACAUAGACUUUAAUGACCCACGAACAUAGACUUUAAUGACCCACGAACAUAGACUUUAAUGACCCACAAACAUAGACUUUAAUGACCCACAUACAUAGACUUUAAUGACCCACGAACAUAGACUUUAAUGACCCUCAAACAUAGACUUUAAUGACCCACAUACAAAGACUUUAAUGACCCACAAACAUAGACUUUAAUGACCCACAAACAUAGACUUUCAUGACCCACAAACAUAGACUUUAAUGACCCACAAACAAAGACUUUAAUGACCCACAUACAUAGACUUUAAUAACCAACAAACAUAGACUUUAAUGACCCACAAACAUAGACUUUAAUUUCCCACACAUAUAGACUUUAAUGACCCACAUACAUAGACUUUAAUGACCCACAAACAAAGACUUUAAUGACCCACAAACAUAGACUUUAAUGACCCACAAACAUAGACUUUAAUGACCCACAAACAUAGACUUUAAUGACCCACAAGCAUAGACUUUAAUGACCCACACACAUAGACUUUAAUGACCCACAUACAUAGACUUUAAUGACUCACAUACAUAGACUUUAAUGACCCACCAACAUAGACUUUAAUGACCCACAUACAUAGACUUUAAUGACCCACGAACAUAGACUUUAAUGACCCACGAAACAUAGACUUUAAUGACCCACAAACAUAGACUUUAAUGACCCACAUACAUAGACUUUAAUGACCCACGAACAUAGACUUUAAUGACCCUCAAACAUAGACUUUAAUGACCCACAUACAAAGACUUUAAUGACCCACAAACAUAGACUUUAAUGACCCACAAACAUAGACUUUAAUGACCCACAAACAUAGACUUUAAUGACCCACAUACAUAGACUUUAAUGACCCACGAACAUAGACUUUAAUGACCCACAUACAUAGACUUUAAUGACCCACGAACAUAUACUUUAAUGACCCACAUACAUAGACUUUAAUGACCCACAAACAAAGACUUUAAUGACCCACAAACAUAGACUUUAAUGACUCGCAUACAUAGACUUUAAUGACCCACAAACAAAGACUUUAAUGACCCACAAACAUAGACUUUAAUGACUCGCAUACAUAGACUUUAAUGACCCACGAACAUAGACUUUAAUGACCCACAUACAUAGACUUUAAUGACCCACAAACAAAGACUUUAAUGACCCACAAACAUAGACUUUAAUGACUCGCAUACAUAUACUUUCAUGAGCACAAAGUAAUGGUUUAGAACCACGACGUCAUUUGUAAGCUAUAAAGCACUGUAUAGGAUACAUGUCGGAGAAUGAAAUCUAUGGGUUGUUUCUACAGACAGGGACAAAAUGCAGUAGAUUAUCCAACCCGUGUCUGAUUGUUACUGUAUAUCAUGGAAGAUUUAGCGUGCACCCAUGUUAUAGGUCACUGUGGACCAGAGGAUAUUUAUUGGAAACUCCAAUAAAAUCACAGAAACAAAAA